AUGAUCGAGAAACAGACUGCCUCUCUUCUGAUUGGAACCACUGGCCUAAUUGCUGUUGCUCUCUGUACAAUUUCUGGCCUGCUGGCACUGUCGGCCCGGCUGUCCAUUAGAAAUCGAGUCGGACAGAUCGCUCUUCAGGAUGUAUAUCAGGAUCAAGACGGAGCUGCUACUAAAGAAUCCACCCAAAAAUUUUCACAAAAAUUUCACUUCGUGUCGUUAAUAUGUCUUUCUAUUACUGGCCUCCUAGUAUCUUUGGCACAGUCUAUCUUGUCAAUUAUUUCGGAGGACCAAUUUCACAUGAUUGAGCCAUGGCUUCAAUUUUCGAUCUGGGUUUUUGUUGUCCUGAACGCAACUGCGCUUCUUGUUGAACCGUCUCCGAUCAAAAAAUUCACUAUCGGACUCUAUAUCUCGAUGUCAACCAUCGUUUAUAUAGCGGUUAUUACUGUUCAGAAAUUUUUCCUCUACCCCUACUCUGAUUCCCUCGCUCUGAAGAACGUUCACGACACUCUGAUAUCAGUUCAAUUUGUGGUUGCCUUCGUCUGCGCCUGCAUCUCGGCUCUUCUUCCCCGUCGGCCGGACGUUUUUAGGAACGGGAAGGUUGUGGAUGCCCAGUAUACAACGUCUUGGCUUCGCCGUUUAACCUUUAGCUGGCCCAGCGAAUUGCUCAAAAAUAUACGGCGAACUAGAAAACUGGACGUUGAAUAUCUUCCUGAGCUAGAUUACGCUACUCGUGCCAGAUCUCUUCUCGAGUCGUUCGACCAGACGAAACACAAAUCCCCCCGUCUCUGGAAGGUGUUAGUAAAUAUUUAUCUUUCACCUCUGGUACUGCAGUUUGUGUUGGUCGUCAUUGCCUCUUUCCUGAAUUUUGCCCCCCAGUUUUGCCUACUUCAUAUCCUUCGCGCUCUGGAGGCACGCAGUCGUGGCGAAUGGAAUCCUUCAGAAACGUGGGCAUUUGUCUUCGCUCUGGGAAUGUCGACAGUAAUUUAUUCUACAAUUGAGUCAUGGCUAUACUGGAUCUCGUUCUCCAAACUAUGCAUUCCUGUCUACGAACAGAUAGCGGCGGUAGUAUUUACGAAGGCAAUGCGUCGAAAGAAUGUGAAAGGAAGACAAAUGCCGAGCAGCACAGACGACCAGACCUCAGACCGAAACAUCAAUCAGCUGGCAAAAGAUGAUACCGAUGACGAAGACGAUAAUCAGAAGACUAAUCAAGGUACUAUCAACCUUAUCGCCGUUGAUGCAAAGCGAGUUUCCGAUUUUGCUGCUUACAACUAUUUCAUUCCGUCGACCAUUGUUGAACUUGCAACUGCCUUCACAUUCUUGGGGCUUCUGAUAGGUUGGAAAAGUCUUUGCUCGGGACUUUUGGUCUCAGUAGUGGUGACUCCGGUCAAUAUUUACGUCUCAAACAAAUACACGGGGAGCCAAAUUUCUUUGAUGAAACUCCGUGACCAGAAAAUGGCUGUUAUCACUGAAGUCCUUCAUGGAAUCCGCCAAAUUAAAUUUUCGGCUCUCGAGAACCAGUGGCAACGUAAAAUUGGAGAUCUGCGGAAGGCGGAGCUGCAUGCCCAGUGGACGGUGUUUCGUUGUGACAUCGUCCUUAUCGGUAUUUGGAUCUUGGGUCCGGUGAUGCUUUCGGCCGUCUCUCUCGGAGUUUAUUAUCUGUUAUAUGGCGAGUUAUCCGCAUCGGUUGCCUUUACAACGGUGUCCAUUUUCUCGUCUCUGGAACUAACACUUGCGAUUCUGCCUGAGCUAAUAACGGAUUUCAUCGAAUGUUGGGUGAGCGCCGAAAGAAUUGAAAAAUACUUGACCUCUGCAGAGAAAGGCCACAAUACACUUCCCUCUGAUAAAAUCUGCUUUGAGAAGGCAACUAUUUCUUGGCCAGUGGAAGACCCCGACGAAACGGAUGGUAGAUUCAGGCUUCAGGACAUCAGUCUAAACUUCCCACCCAAAGGUUUCAGUGUUAUUUCUGGUAAAACGGGAUCUGGUAAAAGCUUGCUCAUCGCAUCUAUCCUCGGCGAAUCUGAUAUCCUGGCCGGCAUUGUUCGCGUUCCGGUAGCUCCACCUCCUGAAGAGACAUUUAACGAAUACGCGAACAAGGAAAACUGGAUUAUCGACUCAGCAAUUGCCUAUGUGGCUCAAAUACCAUGGAUUGAAAAUGCCACCAUUAAAGAUAAUAUUUUGUUCGGACUUCCAUUCGACCAAGAUAGAUAUCAUCAAGUUCUAUUCGCCUGCGCUUUAGAGAAAGAUCUCGAUAUGUUACCUGAUGGGGAACUCACGGACAUAGGCGCUAAUGGGAUAAAUCUCAGUGGAGGCCAAAAAUGGCGGAUAUCAUUUGCAAGAGCCCUUUAUUCUCGCGCUGGUAUUCUUAUCAUGGAUGAUUUGUUUAGUGCAUUGGAUGCCCACACAGGACGACAUCUUCAUCUGACAAGGCCCAAUGAUGCAGCAAGACAAAGUGAUGAAGUUGAGGACGACAUUGAUGCUCUUAAUCCGAGCGAGGCUGGCUUACAGAAAGUUUUAUCUCGUGGAUCCCAGACACAAACAAAUGUAGUGACAAGUGACGUUUCUGUUAAAAGAAAACGCGCCCCUGCUAAGUUCCAGCAAGAUGAAUGGCGUGAAACUGGCUCGGUUAAACUGGCUCACUAUAUAACGUAUUUCAAGAGUGGAGGAAGCAUGUGGUAUUGGCUUUUCGUUGCUUUAGCAUUUUUGACUUAUAUUACGCUCACGGUUGGACGGUCAUGGUGGAUAAGUAUUUGGACUCGAUCGUCAAGCGGUUCCGCGACAGAUACCAAACUCUUUGUAAUGACACACAUCGUGAAUAAGAGCGAUCCGGAAUCGCCAAAUUCCUCCCUUUUGUUUUACUUGGGAAUUUAUGUUGGAUUAUCCCUCGUAACAUGUGUUCUAGGUCCGCUGAGAUACGGUCUCUUUUUCAAUGCCGCCAUUAACGCUUCUCGUAACCUAUUCGAUCGGCUUACUUACGCCGUGUUGAGAGCACCGCUGCGUUGGCUUGACACGAUACCUGUUGGACGAAUCCUAAACCGCUUUACCGCAGAUUUCAACAUGAUCGAUUCUCGACUAGGUAGUGACUUUAGCUUAAUGCUUUACCACAUCCUUCAGAUCUUUGGCAUUAUGGCUGCCGGAUUGCUUGUCUCGCCUAUCCUUAUCCUGUUCGCCAUUGGUCUCCUUGGGAUUAGUUUAUAUUAUUCACUCUACUACCUUGAUGGCGCUCGGGAAAUCAAACGCUUAGAGAGCAUCGUGAAAAGCCCAGUAUACGAACAAUUUGGGACUGCUCUGACCGGAUUGUCAACAAUCCGCGCCUUUGGAAAGGUCCCAACCUACAUUGACCGAAUGUUCACGAAGAUUGAUCGACAUGCCCAAGCUUUCUGGCAUUUAUGGCUCUUCAACAGAUGGCUUGGUUUCCGCAUGAGUACUAUUGGGUCCGUUUUUGCUGUUACUACUGCAGCACUUGUGGUAUACAUGAAGGGCAUCGAUGCGUCGUUGGCUGGUUUUGCACUCAGUUUUGCUAUGCAAUAUACCAACGCGAUCUCGUAUGGAUUGCGUGAAUAUACAAAUAUUGAACUGAACAUGAACGCCACAGAAAGGGUAAUUGAGUAUUCUGAAAUUGGUACCGAACCUCAAGACGGUUUAAAUGCACCUGCUGCCUGGCCUACUGAAGGUCGACUUGAAGUUUCAGACCUUGUGGUUGCCUAUGCUCCUGACUUGCCUCCAGUCCUCAAAGGUUUAUCGUUCAAGGUAGAAAAAAAUCAGCGCGUUGGCGUUGUGGGCCGUACAGGGGCAGGCAAAUCCUCGCUGACUCUAGCGCUUUUCCGUUUCCUAGAAGCGCGUGGAGGAACUAUUCACGUCGACGAACGUGUGCAUCUUGUUUCCAACUCCAUCGACGAAACAGCCACGCCAACUCAGCCCUGCUCAUCCUCAUCGCCUCCUCAAACCAGCACAGGGUCGACCACUCCAACACUAAUCAGUGGAGAAUCCAGCUCAACUGCUGCAGCCACAGCUAACGCAAACAUCUUUAACAAGCUAGAGUCCACCAUCUCCGAGGGUGGGCUGAACCUUUCUCAAGGCCAGCGGCAACUCCUCUGCCUUGCCCGUGCAAUUGUUUCACAACCGAAAAUCAUGGUCCUCGAUGAAGCCACAUCAGCGGUUGACAUGGCCACUGACGCGUUAAUCCAGCGUUCCAUCCGCUCUGAGUUUGGACGCAACUCAUCAACAUUACUCGUCAUCGCACAUCGACUCAGCACUAUUGCCGAUUUUGACCGUAUCUUGGUCAUGGAUUCUGGUAAGGCUGUGGAAUUUGGGACUCCUAAGGAUUUGAUGAAGAUUGAAAAUGGUGUGUUCAGGGGAUUGGUGGAGGAGAGUGGAGAACGCAAGGUUCUGGAGCAGAUUAUUUUCGAGGGAAUGACAUAA